CUAUCAUGUCUCGGAUCCCGAAAGAUCAGUGGGAGCGGCUACAGCUCAUCCUGCAGAGUCGCAACCGGUUUAACGGUUUUAGACCCGGUGGAGGUGGCGGCGGAGGCAUUGGUGCCUCCGCAGCUCUGAUCGUACUUGGUCUGGGAGGAUGGGCAUUGUCAAACUCCCUUUUUAACGUUGAUGGUGGUCACCGCGCGAUCAAGUACUCCCGCUUCGGUGGUGUCAAGAAAGAGAUAUAUUCUGAAGGAACUCAUUUCGCUAUCCCUUUGAUCGAAACCCCAAUUAUCUACGAUGUCCGAGCCAAGCCGAGAAACAUUGCUUCCCUGACUGGUACCAAGGAUCUACAGAUGGUGAACAUCACCUGCCGUGUGCUGUCAAGACCCCGCGUGGAUGCUCUCCCUCAGAUCUACCGAACGCUGGGUCAAGAUUUCGAUGAGCGGGUGCUCCCAUCUAUCGUAAACGAAGUCUUGAAGAGCGUCGUUGCUCAGUUCAAUGCCAGUCAGCUGAUUACCCAGCGUGAGAAUGUCGCAAGACUUGUCCGGGAUAAUCUCGCCCGCCGCGCUGCCCGCUUCAACAUCGCUUUGGAUGAUGUAUCACUCACGCACCUGACUUUCUCCCCCGAAUUCACUGCCGCUGUCGAAGCGAAGCAAGUCGCCCAACAAGAAGCCCAGCGGGCAGCCUUCCUUGUCGACAAGGCUCGUCAAGAGAAGCAGGCCUUCAUUGUCCGCGCCCAGGGUGAAGCUCGAUCAGCUGAACUCAUUGGAGACGCCAUCAAGAAGAGCAAGAGCUACAUCGAGCUUCGGAGGAUUGAGAACGCUCGACAUAUUGCCCAGAUCAUCCAGGAGAACGGAGGAAGGAACAAACUCUACCUGGACAGCCAAGGUCUCGGCCUGAAUGUCAACGCGGGUGCGGACGGCGAAAGCAAAUAAUAUCGAAUAUUGGGGGGAAAAGUUUCAUGGAGGGUCUCCAUGGACUGGUGGAUCUUCUAAACUUCCUUCCCACUCGAGAGUUGUCGCGCUUUCAAGUGGUUCGGGGUGGAAUAAAUCAUUUGUACAAAUAGUUUUUCAGGUUUCCACAGCACAGGCGAAUUGUGUCUCUUCUC